GUCGCGUGAAGAUGAUACGUUCGUUGGCUUAUCUGUUGCCAAUCCUCUACGGAUCAGUUAUUAUUCUGUCACCAGGUACCAGUGAUGCAUCGGUUGUCAGUUCUGCCAUUUUUUUUAUUGGUUUUUUCCCACUUGGAUACGCCGCUAGCCCCAGAUAUGUACCCAAAUGGAAGAAACAGGCGUGUGAAAUUCCAGCGGCACAACACCCAAAUUCUCAUUACGUGUGCGACGAGGCCGGAGAAGUGAAAUGCCUACCAGGGUGGACUGGCGAUCUCUGCGAUGUCCCAUUAUGCCGUAAGGGUUGCGAUCCCCUUCAAGGUUAUUGCCGGAGACCUGGUGAAUGCCGUUGUAAACUAGGUUUCUACGGUGACCUCUGCGACAAGUGCGUUGCAUUACCAGGAUGCCAACACGGAAGAUGCAACGUGAGUUUCGAAUGCUCUUGCGAUUCUGGAUGGAAAGGUUUGUUCUGCUCGGAGCCUAAGUGCCAUCCAGAUUGCAAUCCGAAUCAAGGAUACUGCGAGAGACCCGGUGAAUGCAAAUGCAGAUUGGGCUGGCAAGGAGCCAAGUGCAAACAGUGCGCUGUACUUCCUGGAUGCGUUCAUGGUACGUGUCAAGGGCCUCUGGAGUGUCGCUGCGAGCCAGGAUGGACGGGUUUUCUCUGCCAGACACCCAUUUGCUCUCAUGGAUGCAGCAGAGAAAAUGGCGGAUGCAGAAGACCUGGCACUUGCAGAUGCAGAGUGGGUUACAGCGGAGUGAAUUGCACAGAGUGUGUACCGUAUCCAGGGUGUGUUCAUGGUACCUGCCGAAGGCCAUGGGAGUGCAGAUGUCAGUCGGGAUGGACUGGUGAUCUUUGCGAUGAAAAAUUGACAUUCUGCGAUGAGCAUCACGAUAUCUGCCAGAACAAUGGCACGUGCAUCAGUAUGACUAAAGAAGAUGGCGACUACAGAUGCAUCUGUCCAUUGGGAUAUAUGGGUCGUCAGUGCCAAAUUCAGACAAUGGAACCGGCAACCGAUUUGAUUCCUCCGUUACCCGUAGAGUUGCCACAAGAAUCGGAAAUUUCUUCUGUUAAACCCGAAGUCUCGACUACAGGUAUCCAGGUACAUCAGAAUCCUGAGGAGACAAUAAGCGAGGAAAAAGCUACGUCUCCUGCUCCUGAGAUUCAGGAAAUCGAAACAACGGUUGAAACUCUCGGGCCGAUUUUUAUCACCGAUUUACCUUCAACGGUGGAACCUGCAGCGACCGCAGGUAAAUGGCCGACAGAAUCGCCAACUCUGGCACCUGCCACUGACAGUUAUGCCGACAAUGAGGCCUGAUAAUUCGCGUAUUUAUCUUCAACUUGAUUAUCAUUUAUUCAUCUAUUUAUUGUCACCGAUUUCAUUCAGUUUCAAGUGGUGAAACUCAUUAUCUGUAAUUUAACGGUAAUAAAAUAUUUUUUCAUCGAA